UUUUCCACUUCGAUCAGAACGUACACCAAAAAUAAAAUCGCCUCACUCUAGCUUUCCGGAUUUUCACAAUUCUUUUGCUUUCUUUAUGUGAUAAUCAAUACACAAAAUAUUUUCAAUUCAGUUUUUUGCCGAUUUUGCAAGUUGAUUUAACUACAUACGAGUAUAUACAAAAACAAAAAGAACACGAUGUCCACACUGCGGCGAUCACAUGGCGGUGGUCGUGAUUUUCUGCAAGAGAACAAGCUAAAUGUGACCAGGAUGGAGACCAAUGGCCGGUGUCUAGCUGCGGCCAAUGCCCGUCGUGUGCCCCUGUGGCGUCCAGUGGUGCUCCACUAUUCGGAGAAGGUGCGUCCCCAUGUCUACAGUACUAACCAGCGUCGUGCACUCCCGCUACACAGUGCCCAUGAGUCUCCGCGUCUGCGAAGCGGUCUUGCUCAGCCAUAUGGAUUCCACAACGAGAUGCGCCGCCGGCUGCCACCAAAUCCCUGUGGUUGCGAUGUGCCCACACGGAAGACGGAGGAGCGUAAGGAGCAGGAGCGCCUCCAGGGCGGUUGGGAGGAUCAGCAAGUGAAGUUGCCAAGGAAAUGCUGCACCGGUUGCAACUGCCUUCACGGCUAUUCCAUUACCAAUCCAUCUGAUCAGAGUAACCAGGUGGAGGCGGUGUCACAGCAUCAAGGUCAACAGUCGGAAAUGGAUGGGCCAAUGCCAUCCAAACAGGGGGAAGGUGAUCAGGCGGAUCGCGUUUCGGUAUGCUCUCGCAUGUCCCGAGUAUCCCGGGCAUCCCGAGCGUCUCGUCGAUCCCAGGCAAAGUCCACCCAGGGCGAGGGAACCAACGAUCCGGAGGCGCCCUUGAGUGCGCGCAGCGGUGCCUCCGCCAAGACCCUCAAGUCCAAGCGAUCCGUUUCCCAGGAGAGUGUACGCUCGAAUGCCACCAUCAAGUCGAACAUCACUGUGGCCUCCAGGAGCACCACGGUCUCGAAGCGAUCUCACGUCAGUCGCAAGUCGCAGUUAAUGGAGGUGAUGCCGCCACCGACCCACUUGGAGGAUCAGAGGCCCAAGGAGAGGGAGAGGGAGAGGGAGAGGGAGAGGGAGAAGGUGCCAACCACCAUUGAGGGCUACACACCGUUGACCGCCAGCGAGCGGCAGGCGGCUCUGCAGGAUGCCCACAUAAAGUACAGCAAGCUGGUCGAGGAAUACAAUCAUAUGCCCGUUUCGGAGCCAACUCUGCGCGUGCGCAAUCGGAAAAUCGCCAUCGAGCGGCAGCUGGACGAGCUGGACUAUGCCAUCAAUAUGUUUGAUCAGCCGCACAUGGAUAUGUAUUACAAGAAGUGAUGCAUCACAGUGCAUGUUUUACUCGUUUCAAAGAUUGUUUGCCCAUUUCCAAAUUUAGUUGUUUUAUGCCACAAAACCGAAAGCGAGUGAUUCAGAUUGAUUGGAAAAUUCGCAAUUGAAUUGCUACUAAAUGGAGCAUUAAAAUUGAACAUGACUAUGGUCAAUUGCAGCAGAAACCAAGUUCUUCAAGAAUUCAAAAAUAUCAAAUAGCAAAAAAAAUCGUUUUGCCUCGCAAAAACUAUGAAAUGAAAUGAAACUAUAAUAUGAAAUUAAGGAAAUAAAGAAGUUUAAGGGAGGAGAAAGUAAAGCCAAGGAUAGUUUGAAAAUCAAAUACAAAAUAAACUUUAGAGCAAUUAA